ACGUAGUUAGCCAUUUGGUUGCGCUGGUACCGGACGAUCUGAUAGCAUAUUACGUCAACUGGUAGUAUAGUCGACGUUUGUUCCGUAUUCUCUAUGUUGUUUUUGAAUCAAGGAAGCGGGAAUUGUUGUUGUGAAAUGUGUAUGCAUAGGUUAUGGUGGUGAAGUGAAAAUAUAUUUAUAUUAUGAAGACUAGCGGGCCUGGAUCGUCCUCUAGACUGGGACAUUUUAAAGAACAGUACAGAUCCAGAUUUACACGAGACAUUCCAAAAUUAGUUGCUGAUGUUCGACAAAAUCAGAAUGCUUUGGAUUUCAUUGAUGAAUGUUUUCAAGAAAAUGAUAUUCCAGAUGAUUUUACUGCUUUCCUCUCUCUUCCAAGAGGUUGUUCUACUCCAAAACCAUCCAUUCCAGUUUCUGUCUCAACACCACGAUUUCAUAACCAUAAAGUAAUUGAAAACUUUGCCAGUUCAGAUUAUACCUCUUCUUCAGCAUCUGAAAAAGUAACAGCAAAAGAAUCCACCAGAAGUGAUGCCUCAAAGACUGGUGGACCAAAGGAUUAUCCUUUGACUGUACAAAAUGCUGAAACUUUAGCAGGCAAUACACAUGAAGCUGAUAUGGUAGACAGAAUUCCUUGUAAAGAAAGAACUGACCUUGCUACUAAACGUAACUCUUGCUCAGAACUCCUCUCUGUAGUCCUCGAGAAAAAUGCAAGGAGAUCACAGCACAAGCUAAUUUCUUGCACAAGAGCAGACAGUAAUGCAUUUGAACCUGAGAAAUCAGCUCUGCAGAUGUCAGCAUCUCCCACUGUUAAACUGGUUGCAAAUAAGAGGUUGAGCUUUAAUACCAAUGAAAGAUCUACAGAUGAUCAAACUUCUUUAACCAGAUUUAAGAAGCCAGACGAGGCUCUCACAAAGAAGUGCGAACUUUCAAAUAAAGAUGUAAAACUUUGUAAUAAUGCAUCAGUGAAACCUUCAGAUAAUAUUGAAAACAAUAAAAGUUUUCUAAAUGCAAAGCAUACAGUGACAGCUGAAACAAAUAACAAGCCUUUGUCUGAACCUUGUCCUUUUAAAGAAAAAAGUAAGAGUCCAUUUAACUCUUUAAAACAACGACUUGCUAGGAGAACAGAACAUUUUAGGAAAUCCAUGCACUCAUUUUCGCUGCAUCCAGCAACACAAUCAAAUCAGAAGCCUUUGGAAUGGAAUACUGCUUCACUUCCACAGAAUGAAGGUGGAGUGACAGAAAUGGAAGAAGAGUUUGUCAUAGAAGAAGCAGACAGCAUCAUUUUUAAAUCUUGGCCUUCUAUUUCAUCAAAAACAAAAGUAUCUAAAGAUUCAUCACAUAUUAAACCUAAACAUAGGAAUCAGUUGACUAAAAAAGUAAGCAAAGUACUUCAAACAGAAAAUGCAAAUAAUGAUGUGUCUGAUGAGGAAGCAAUGAAAUAUUCUUCUGAUGUGGUUCCUAAACUUAAUGAAACAUUCACUGUUGAUGUUCAGAGUCAUUCAUACUUAAUGGAUAAUGCUGCUACCACUGCCAAAGCUCACAAUGAAAAAUUGCAAGAGAGUGAGGCAAAUAAACAGGUUGUCACUGACUCAGCUGUGCCACAUUGUGAAGUUCCUGAGAAAGCUUAUCAUUGGUCUCCAGAUUCUCAUGUAGUUGUUGACAGUAUUGCAGAGGGCAAAAAACUCCUGGAGAAGGAGGCUUCUGUUACUAUAGAAGAACGUAAAUGGAAAAAGCAAAAGCAGAAGACUGGUACACGGGGAAGGGUUUUAUCCAGUCAACAACAGUCUUCUAAAGGGAAGAAACAGCAGCAUGUGACAGAAAAAGAAAACGUGGCUUCUGCUGUAGAUCCAUUGUGGGCUUCAGAGAAGCUGCUGAGUACCCAUGCAUUGACAUGCAAUCCUUUAGUUCAAGAAAAGCUGCAGACUGAUAUUUCCGAUGCGGGUGGACCCGAGAAGAAGACAAGGCAAAAUGAAGCAGUGAGUGCAGGUUUCAAGAAUAUGAAGUUAAAAAACAAGAAGGGACUGAAUGAAACAGGGCAACCCAAGAAAAAAGGAGUAAGGUCUUCAAAACAGAAGAGAAGUCCAGAAAAGCCAGGAAAAAAUGUUUAUGGAUUACUUGCUGUUGGCUCUGAUCCAGAGAGAGAUGCAUGCGCUUUAGCAGUCAGUGAAACUGAAAAGGAUGGCAAUAACAUACCUCAGAGACGCACCUCCAAAAGAAUAUCUAAACCUGUGUCUAUGUGGUGGAUAUGUACUUCAGAAGAAGAAACCCAGGAAUUAUCCCCUUUUGAAAAUGCCCAUGAAACACUUCUUUCUGAGCAUCCCAGAGGAAAACAAAGAAAAAAUACAGCUGAAGUGCAGACAUCUCCAGCAAAGACAGGAAAAAUUCUUCGUUCGGCAUCUUCAGUUGCUUCUGUUCCAUUAGCUAGUGAAGAAGUUAGCAGCACUGAAGGAAGGUGUGACAAUGAAGCUGACCAGGAAGGAAAUCAUGCAGCUAAAAAGCAAAGUCCUCAGUGCAGGCAAGCGUCUUCCAAAUGCCAGAGUACAACAGAAAAAAAUAAGAUGUUAACGCUUACAUCCAAAGAUGCGCUGCAGCCAUCUUUAAGUCCUCUUUUUACCGACAGCCCCAAAAACAAGCCUAGCAGAAAUCCAGCAGAAAAGAAAAAGCAACCAUGUUUGAAGAAGGCAAUGAAAACUGAAAAUAAUUUGAAUGUGAAAACAAGUCAAGGUAAAGAAACAUUAGAAACAAACCUGGAAGGUGCUGAUGUAGUCCCUGAAGCCUUUUUGAGAAGUGGACGAGUCUCCAAACCUCCAUCCGCUUGGUGGCUGGUUGCACCACCUAAUAACAGUGAACCCUCAACCUCUUCGCCUGAAGUCGCUCAAGCUCGUUUGAACUUUGCUUCAAAAAAGAAAAAAUCAUUUGGAUGUUCGGAAGUUGCACAAAAUGUAACAGCAGAAACUGAAGCAGCAAAUAAUUUGGAGGAACAGUUUACAAAGUCAGAUGAAGUGGGAAAUGUGUACGUGUCCAGUGCUAAAAGGUCAGCCUGCCCUUCUACAUCCACACUUCAGAAUCAAAAAAUAAGUAAUAAAUCUCCAAACAAACGCAGCAUAUCGGAUGUUACAGCAGAUGUUGAGAAAGCCCAAGAGAUUAAACCAGACAAAGUAAGAAAAAGUAUAUUAAAAACAAGCAAACAGGUCUUUGCUCAGGAUGCAGCUAAAGGUUUCAGAGUAAACAUAGCUAAUAAAAAAGAAGCCAGUAAAAGUGACCAGUCUGGUGAUGCUGAUAUUCUUCCAGCACAGUUGAAAAAUGCACAGCCUCGGCGGUCACGGAUUUUGCGCUUAUUGUCCAACAAAUCUACUGGUAAAGAACAGCAUUUCAGAAGAUCAUUAGCUACUUUUGAUGCAGCUUAUGCAAACACCCCUAAAGCAGAAAAAGGUCCCUUUAAUAAGGGUGUGGUUAAUCAAAGUUAUUUACUAGAAAAUAGUACUGAGUCCGGAGCAGCAGAUAAAUGUUUGAAAGAUCUGUGUACAACUCCUAAACAGACAAAAAGAACGCCACCUAAGAGAAGGACUUCAGUUGUUGAAUCUGAACCAUCUCCACUACCACCAGCAGUUAACAGAACUUUUUCACGCAGUCCUGAGACACUAGGCUCACCACAGCCCACCUCCACCACUUUAGCUGCUUCCAUAGAUGCAAGAAAAUGCAAAACUCCUUUUCCAGUUAGAAUGUCCCCAGAAUACGCAACUGAGAAUGUGUCCCCAUUUUUAGAGGAAAGGACUGAUGCAGAUCAGUUGCAUCACACAGAAGAAACAGUUCCAGAUAAACAAGUACAUCACCAUCACAAUGCCCUCAGCUCUGAGGAAGACAGAGCAGCAGUAGAAUCAGAGCAUCCUGAAGAUGUAGCCAAGGCAACCGGGCUCCCAGAUAGUGGUAUUAAAGAAAAGAAACGUCAGAAAAAUACAAAACAAAAGAAAAGGACUCCUGCAUCUUCAGAAGUUCAGAAGGGCACGAAAAAGAAAGGAAAAGAAAAAGGGUAUUCAUUCAUCUGGAUAAUAAAAUUAAAAAAGUAUUGCAUGUGUUCAUAUUCAAAUAUUGAAGAGCAGUACAUCUGUCUAUAG